GCUGAACAAGAUGGCUGCCGAAACUUCGGUCGAGGAGUCACAGGACGUGACAAUGGAGGAAAACACUCCGUCUAAAGAUCAAGGAGUACAGAAAAUGUUUACUCUCAAAAAGUGGAAUGCUGUAGCCAUGUGGUCUUGGGAUGUAGAAUGCGAUACGUGUGCCAUUUGUCGCGUGCAAGUAAUGGAUGCUUGCCUCCGAUGCCAGUCUGACAACAAACAAGAAGAAUGCGUCGUUGUGUGGGGAGAGUGCAAUCACUCAUUUCAUAAUUGCUGUAUGUCACUCUGGGUAGUGCAAAAUAACAGAUGUCCACUCUGUCAGCAAGAGUGGAUUGUCCAAAGAAUUGGCAGAUAACAUCAAAGCAAUGUAAACAGCAGGAAUAUUGAUUAAAGAGACUUCUUGGAUGAUUUUUUUAAAACUGAAUUCAGCAUUGGAAGAAUGCUAGUCUGCCUUUUAACAAAAUUGUGUGUUCUUGGUCAUCAAAUUGUGUUAACAAUUUCUGAAUUCCUUAGGGUAAUUUAGUGUUAUCAACUUGGUUGAAUGCGUAAAUUGACCAUCAUGAAGAUUUAGAAGGGUGAAGUUUCAAGCAUUAGCCUUUCAUCAGAGUGAUUGGAGGAAUUGUGGGUUGUGUGUGAGUUUAUAUAUAAAAAAUGCAGCUAAGCUAUCGGUAGGGAUGUGGUGACGAGAAAACAACAAUAAAUUAUUUGAAUGAAAAGUGUUCAUUGAUACCGCAGGGAUUAAGAGUGCCACUUUGGAAGAUAAAUUUUUGUUCUUGAGUUUUGUGGCUUUCUAAACUGCCUAGAUGUAAGGACAGAAACCCUUUACGAAUUCCUUACGAUCUAACUAGAUGAUGAAUCAUUGAAAAGAUAAACUUUAAUUUUACUCAGUAUAUGGAGAUUGCAGUAUGUAGAGAAAACUUAUUGCAAAGAAUUGUCAUUUCUACUUGAGAAAGUUGCUCAUUAUCAGAAGAUUUCCUGUCUCAGAAUAUUGCACAUUUGCCUUGCUCAAUAAUCCACCAUAAUUCUCUCCUAAAUAAAGCAAGUAAGUAAAUGAGGCUUAAGGUGAAUUUUCCGUGGCAUGGCAUCCAUUGUCAUCAUCUCAUUUUCACCAGGUGGCUAACUCCCAUACUUCUCCUCCAUCACGAAGUCUUUUUUACCUUCAAUGAAAUUAACAGUACGAAAUCUCUCUGCCUUAAAUUAGUUGGAAACUUUGAUGCAGUAAAAUGUUUACAGAAGUAUACAGUUUAUCACUAGAGCUUUCUAUAUGUUGCUGUUAUGUGUCUGCUUCAGAUAAUUUGCAUGAUUCCUCAGAGUUCUCUCUUACUUGGUGUAAGAAAUGUUUGAAGGAUUUUCUCCCUUACAGAAAAUAUUACAGAACUAUACUGGGAAUUUAGGGGUAAAAAAAAAAAAAUGUUCAGUGGAGUGUAGGGAAUAUUACUGUUAACAACCCUUCAACACCCAGAAUCUAACUGUUAAUUCCCACCUCUAGCUGUUGUACAUGCCCUGGUAAACUGGAUACAAGAAUUUGUGUUAGUUCAAGAUAACUUCUACUCAAUAAAUUUGAGUAUUCUCAUUACCAUUUUGCAGAAUAAUGUAUGUAUAUUGAAGGGAGAAGUUACUCAUUUAUCACCUCUAGGAGAUUAGGGGUUAAAAGAAUUAAUUUUAUUCCCUGUAUUUUUUUUGAUGGUGUGUAGAAAUCAUGAAACAGACAAAAGUGAUAGAAAAUGUUGGUUUACUUCCAUUCACAACCACAAUACUUUUUCACAGUAUUCACAGAGAUAAUAAUAUUUUAGUUUACAUUGCGAAAAAAGAUUAUUAACUAAAAGCGUUGAUUUUGCUAAAAAUUUACAAUGGGGGCUAGUUUUACCUCUUGUUUGUAGAAUAUGGGAUAAAGAGAAAGGGUUUGUUUAAUAUAGGAAGAUAUGCCAUCCAACUACUUAACAAUAUCAUAACAAGAAAAUUGGUAUGAAAAUAUUAGUCUGGUCACCAUUAUAUACACCCUGAGUACAUAUCACUGCCUUGAUAGUUGUCUAGCAAGUGAAACUUGAGGAGAGUCCCAAAGUGAAGGUAUUUGCCUCUGUAGUUUAGCUUACAUUUCAAGUGGUCAGCUCUGGAACUUUCAUGAAAAACGAACAAUUUUCCAGUUUCAUGUAAAAAUAUGAUUACAGGAAGCCCAUUAUGAAGUACUACUUAUGCAAGUUAAGAUCUUAUCAUACAGUUGUCUGCUUUCCAGUAAUUCUAGGUUUUGCAUACUCUACAAAUUCAUCAAUUAAAACUGGCCAAGCUCCUGCAAAAAAAUAAACAAUACACAAUCAUUAAAAUUUAUGAUAUUAAAAAGACAGAUUACUUAUAAAAAACUGUUUUCACCUUUGAGAAGACAACUCACUAAUAUGGCUUAAAAACUUAAAACCUUGCUGAGAAUGAAAGUGAAAACAAAGGAAUCAAAGUUGAGAGAUAUGGGGGUGUGAUUGGUAAAUUUAGUAUUAUUUUCAGAAUUACAAGCUGACAAAAAAUAAUUUCUCUUAAGAUCUCUAUCCUACCAGCCUAGAAGUAAGUUUACAACCCUGACCAUCAAAGCAUUGUCAUCACACUUGUUUCAUUACAAUAUUUUGCCAGUAGAAGUAAAGUCACAAAAUACAAAGGUACAAGAUCUUCAUAUCAAAACACAAGGAACCCUAAAUAAACAAUAUAUUCUGUUAUUAAAAAUUUAGCCUGUCUAAUGAUAUGCCUCUUUUAUAUAAGUUACAGCAAAUUUAGGUAAGUGUCCACUACCAUUUUCCCAGUAAGUCAUAGAGAUAUUCAAAUAUUGAAAUACUUCUUGUAACACAAACCCUCUUCAUCAUAGUUGCCCAUAUCAUCCUCAAUCAUGUUACUGAAGUCUAACAAGAGGUUCCAUGUGUCCUUAGAUAUCGCCUUUUUGUGAUGUAAC